AUGGGGUACACCUUCUUACCUAAGGCCAAGAACCUUAAAGAUUUUCAUAAAGCCAUAGCAUUUGUCUCCUCGCAAAUUUUAUCGCAGAUAGUAUUCCUGCUCGGCCUAACCACAGCGAGCCCAGGGUUGUACCGCCACAAUGAUACGGACAGCACGAACCGGCCAUGCUCUCUCAUCGAGUUCACCACGUGGGCCGCGUGCGAGCAGACGCAGCAUCAGCUGCUGUGCAAGGGCGGCAUCUCUAACCGGUGGAUGAAGGGCAUACAGUAUGAAAUUACAUCAUUAAUUCUAACGGAUUGGCCCGGCACCUGCCUCAACAUAGGCCGGCUGCAGCAACAUUUCCCGGAGCUGCGGGCGCUGCACUUACUCAACUGCUCACUGCUACACGUGUUCAAAGGACACUUCGACGAAAAUAGUAGGAUAGAGAAAAUUGAAAUGCACGGCCUCACGUCGCUAUGGGAGGUUCCACCUGAGAUUAUAGCCCACAUGCCAGCUCUGAAAAUAUUAGAUGUUCGAAGCAAUGUGCUGCGGCAUAUGAAGGCGCGACUUCUUAAGGAAUCUCCGCGAUUGGAGUACGUUUAUCUGAGCGAUAACAAAUGGGACUGCAGCGAUGGCGGGCUGGACUGGCUGGCAAUGGAAAGAGACAACGACACGGUUAAGAGGAAGAUAGUAGAUUACUACAAACUCAUGUGCCACCAGCAGCUUUACAGAGGCAAACCACUGCAUAAAGUCAUGGACUUCAUUAGAAUGGUCCGCCACACCUGCCCGGAUCCCUGCUCGUGCGUGAUGACGUACGUGGCCGAGGACAAGCAUGGCGGACUGAUCCCCAUCAUCACGGCCAACUGCACGGGGAUGGGGCUCGCGGAGGCGCCGGACACGCUCCCGCCCGGCACCACCACCGUGCGGCUCGAUGGGAACAAGAUUGACUCGAUCGGAACUCUGCUGCAGAACCCUUACUAUAAGAAAAUAGCGGAUCUCUACUUGGACAACAAUAGCCUUUCUACGGUGAAGGAGCUGGAGGGCUCGGAGUGGUUCAAUACAUUCCGGCUGCUGAGUCUGAAAGGGAAUCUGCUCAAACAGAUUCCCGUCUACGCGUUCGACAAAGCGUUCCAAAGCAACAAUAACAUAAUGCAUGUGUUCCUCGGUGACAAUCCUUGGCGCUGCGACUGUCACUUCAUUCCGCGCUUCAAGACACUCUUGCUCAAAUACAAGCGGGUGAUACAGGACCUGCCUGACAUACGCUGUUCGCAGUCGGAUGACAAGACUUUAUCGCUUGUGCAGAUCAGCACAUUGCCUUUGGGAAGAGUCUGCCGCAGCGGCCCCGAGAUGCCCAUAAGCACCAUUAACAUAAUCAAUGUGACCCUGGCCACCCUUCUGUUUAUAGUCAUAGGGAGGUUUCUGUAUGACUGGCACAGUUUCAAGAACACGGGACAGUUGCCAUGGAUAUCCUCUAUUUUACCUUGAUGAAUGGAGGACCUU